AUGGCUAGCGGGCGAAACCAUCGUCCCCCCUGUCGCUUCUACUCCAAGCCUGGCGGCUGCAAAAAUGGGUCAAGCUGCACUUUCGCGCACAUCGAUGGCGCGAGUCCUUCGCCUCCCGGUCAGUUUCAGGGUGGUCCCCGUCAGCCCUUCGUCCCACGUCCCCCCGUACCCAACGCACCACCUGGCGUCUGCAAGUUCUACUAUGACCGCGGGUUCUGUUCCCGGGGCUCCGAUUGCCGCUUCAGACACGAAGUCAACGCUGCGCAACGACGCCCUUCCGCUGAGGGGUCGGUGAGCGAGAAUGUCGCGGCAUUUUUGACUCCGGCUGCGCUCGCUAGGAUCCAGGGUCCUGGAACGGACGGUUUCUUCGACACUGCUGCCGCCGCGAUGAGGCCUUCUGAAGUACGACACCACCUCAAUCGCUUUCUAGAAGACGGCUACAGGUUCAAGUACGCCGCCGACGUAUACAGUUUCUUGACGCUCCUCAGCAACGCGAGCUCUGGAAACACGAGCUGGGUACGCUCAUCAUUUCAGCUUUUCCUGUCAGCGAUUGGUUCGGAUAACGGUCUGCUGCGUAUCGGCGACAUCCUGAGCUGGGGUGAGGUGUCUGUACGGCCCGGGCCAACCUCUCGAACUGCUAUAUCCUUCCAGAGAGGUUACAUUCCGCUGUUGAGGUACCUUUCCUCCGAGUAUGUCGUGAAGAGCAUCACGAGCAAGGUCGUCAACUCCCUGUACUCGCUGGUCUUAGAGCACUUCGAGCACUUCUGCAAAGUCGUUCAGUCAUGUGUGGAGGAAGCUCUCAACGACCGCAAGACUUUCAAAGAACAGUCCAUGUCGUUUUCAACGACCUUGACACACGCCGAACUGACGGGAAGUCAAGUCCUGUCGUGCAUCGCACAAGUCCUCUUCGAAUAUAUCACUCGUUUCAAGAACGCUGUAGCUACCCACCCGUCCCUCCGCCCACUUGUUCAGAAACUGCGCACGUGGACAGAUGCUUGGAUCGCAGCGAUCUCUGCUACCCCACCGAUCUUCGACGAUCCGAUUACCAAGGCUCCUGCUCAAGCAUCUCGCUUCGUUGUCGACCGCUUGCGCGAGCUCGUCGAGCGCCUCAUCUCGAUCGUCGACCGCAAGCAGCGAGACAUUGAGCGCGCUACUCAGCCAAAGUCUCUGCUCCCUCUGCAAGGUCUCACGCACGCAAACGAGGGCAUCCUUGCCGCGCUGCACAACGCGUACCAAGGCCCCGGGACUCUGCGCACCGAGGGUCCGCGGCACGACAACGACUUCGUGAACAUCAGCGACAUCCAGAUCGCUCCCACCCAUGGGGAGCUCACAUCCCCCUUGCAGCCCUUCUUGCCCGCCAAUAUGUACGGCUUACCUCACCCCCUGCCAGCGGAGUCCAUGGAGCAGCUGCUUGACGUCCAGUUCAGGCUGUUGCGAGAAGAGUUGACCGCAUCUCUUCGUGUGUCGGCUCAAGCAAUUCUCAGCGAUCUGGCCGAGAAGAAGAAGCAUACGCAGCUUAACACGCUACUGGAGAAGAAAGGGGGUAAGUAUCGAGGACACGCAGUAGGCCAAGACACAGUGCUCUUCAACGUCUACACCGGCGCCGAGUUCACCACAAUCACGCCCACGCAACGAGGCCUGACCGUCGGCGUUGCCAUCGACACCCCUCCUGGGCGGGCUCGCGCAAGCCAAGCCAAUACUCGCGUCCAGUUUUGGGAGAGCAUGAGCAGCAAGCGUCUCAUGCAAGGCGGGUUGGUCGCGUUGGUGUGGCAGCGUCUCGACGGGACAGCGGAGAUCCACCUCGGCACACUUGCAAGCUCCGUGAAGGACCUCACCGAGUCUGCGAAGCAGCGUCAGGACAACAUCGAGAUUCGCGUAUCGUUCUUCUCUCCAGAGGUCGAACUGCGCAUCCUACAGGAGUUGCGGACCCCGCGGCACGAGCGUCAGGGGACGAAGCUCCUCAUUGAGGCCACUGUCAUGUUCGAAUCUGUCCGCCCUUUCCUCGAAGCCCUGCGAGUUGACCCCGAGAACAUCCCCUUCGCGCGGUACCUCGCUCACCACCCGCCUGAAUUCUACCGGACACUGCAAAUCACUCCACCCGCGUAUGCGAUGCUUCCCGAUUUCGCUUUCCAGCUCGCUUCCCUCUUCCCACCCGAGGCCGGUGUAGAGGACCUCAAGUUGGUCGUCAACGACCCGGACUCUAUAGAGGGUGCCCGCGAGCUGCUCAAACGUAGCAGUCGGCUGGACCCCUCCCAAGCGGAUGCCAUUGUCGACGCUCUCAUCCGAGAAGUCAGCUUGAUGCAAGGGCCUCCAGGGACAGGCAAAAGUUACUCCGGUGUGGAGAUGCUGCGUGUGCUCAUCCAGAAUCGUGCCGGCCCCAUCCUGAUGAUCGCAUUCACCAACCAUGCCCUCGACCAUAUGCUGCGGUCUGUUCUCGACGCCAAGAUCACCCAAAAGAUCGUUCGGCUCGGCUCUCGCUCUGCUGACGAGCGGAUCGCGGAGUUUUCGCUGGAGAACAUGGAGAACGUCGCUGGCCGAUCGCGCCUUUCUUCCGCUUUUUCGAACUAUCGAUGGGCAUUGCGCGAUGUGGAGAAGGAAAUCAAGGACUUCAUGGAGAGCUUCUUCAGGGAGGAUGUCGACACAGACGACCUCCUGCAGUACCUGACUUUCCAGGCUCCUGCGCUUGCUGAUUCCACACAGUACCCACCAGAGUGGGUGAUGGCGUUGUACGAGCUCCAGCGGACCGAGACAGGCGGCACAUGGCAGACUGCUGGCAGGACCAAACCUGGCAGGCUUGACCCCGACGACGAUUCUCUGUAUGGCUUCUGGGUCCGUGGUGGCGAUGUCGAGUUCUUGCACAGCACGCACAGGGCCCUGCACUAUCGACCUCCCCCUCCCCAACUUGUUCGGCCGCAGCAACAACAACCACGGCCUGCGAACGCGUUUGAGCUCCUUGCCGACGACAACGAUGACUACAGCGACGUGGAACUCGAGCCCGAGGAGGCGUGGAUCACAGCUGAAAUCUCAGACGACUCCGACGACUUCUCUCCAGCAACAGACAGCGAGGAUGAGGUCCACGAGCCCCCCGCACCCGUACCACCACCCCCAGCGACGACCACGCCUGUCGCCCCCCAAGCGCCAGCCAGCGCCGCGACCGGACAGUGGCAGAUGCCCGCCUCUAUACAAGCAAACGACUUCACGAACAUACGGGGAUUCUUCGUAGCAUUCGGCUGUGCAGAUAUUCCUACAGUGCCCACCACGGCCCGACCCGUCGUGGAGCUCCUCGCGCUAGACAAUGCAUGGUCGAUGUCAGUGAGCGAACGCGAGCAACUACACCGUGUUUGGGCAGACGAAGUGCGCAUCACCUCCCGGGAGACGCAGCUUAUGGAGUUCCGACGUCUGCGCGAGAAGCACGCUCAGGCGUCGCGAGAUUACGCCGAGGGACAGGCUGAGAUCCGAAAGCAGCUUCUUCGCAACGUCGAUAUCAUCGGAUGCACGACCACGGGUGCGGCUAAGCUUACCGCUCUUCUCAAGGGCAUCGGACCCAAGGUGGUCCUCGUGGAAGAGGCGGGCCAGGUCCUAGAAGCGCAUGUCCUGGGCAGCCUCGUCCCGAGCAUUCAGCACCUCAUCCUCAUCGGCGACCCUCUUCAGCUUCGUCCCACCCUUAACAACUACUCGCUCUCGAUGGACCACUCCCACGGACGCCUGGUCUACAAGUUCGACAUGUCGUUGAUGGAGCGAUUGUCGUCCUCCGGGAUGCCAAUGUCACAGAUCAACGUCCAGCGCCGCAUGAGACCCGAAAUCGCAGAUUUGAUCAGGAUGACGCUCUACCCGCGAUUGGAAGACCAUGACCUCGUCAAGAACUAUCCGCAUGUCCAGGGUAUGGCCAAGGAUGUCUUCUUCUUCAAUCAUGAUCACAAGGAGAACGGAGGGGAGGACGACUUUGUCAGUAAAUACAACCAGUUCGAGGUCGACAUGAUCAAGGAUCUGGUGCUCUACCUCUUACGACAAGGACCAUACUCGGCGGAGGGGGACAUUGUCGUCCUUUGCGCAUAUCUCGGGCAGUUGGCUCGCCUGCGAGAAGCGCUCUCCGGCGAGGUCGCUGUUGUAAUCGACGAACGCGACCAAGUAGAACUCGACGAUCGAAACGUGGAGAACGAAGAAUCGAUGCAAGAUGGAACCGCGUUUGAACGUGUCCGUGUCUCACGAAGGGUGCUACUCCGUACCAUCGACAACUUCCAGGGGGAAGAAGCAAAGAUCGUCAUCCUCUCUUUGGUACGCAACUCCGGAGGCUCUGAGGAGGAUGAGGCCGUGUUUGGACAGAGCACCAAGGGGCGUGCGAACAUCGGAUUCUUGAGAUCGGAGAAUAGAACGAACGUCGCGCUUUCUCGAGCUCGCGAGGGGCUUUACAUCAUGGGGAAUGCCCAGAACCUCUCCGCGAAAAGCAAGAUGUGGCGAGCAGUCUUGGACGAGUUACACAAGAGGGACUGCCUUGGGGACGCGUUCCCGGUGGCCUGCCAGCGACAUGCCGACGUCGUACAGAGGGUUUCUAAACCUGGGCAACUCCCGCGACUCGCCCCAGAUGGUGGAUGCUUGUUGCAGUGCGACACUCGCCUCAAGUGUGGGCAUCUCUGUCCAUACAAGUGUCAUUCGGACGACCCUAGGCAUGUUACCGUUACGUGCGAGCAGCGGUGUACGAAGCUGUGUCCUCGUGGACAUCCCUGCAAGAAGGCUUGUGCGACACCAUGUGGUCAAUGUACGACGGAGGUGGCCCAGUGCGAGCUCCCAUGUGGUCAUACGGCUUCCAGCGUACAGUGCUUCCAGCUCGAUGAUCUCGCCGAUGUCUUCUGUCCUGUUCUCGUCACGAGACCCCUUCCCGGAUGCGAACAUGAAGCAACGAUGGAAUGCUCCGACAAGCCUCGCAACUUCGCCUGCAGGGCUACAUGCUCGGGAGUCAUGGCAUGCUGUGGCCGGUCAUGCAAAGCACAAUGCCGCAACUGCCAGCUAUUGAACGUCGCUCAUCAGUUCCCUAGGGCCGAAGACGAGCAGACCUACGGUGCGCCAACCGCUGUUCAGCGCACGAACCACGUCGCCCACCCCUGCGAGAAGAGCCUGUUUUGUGGACACCUUUGCGGCAAAGAGUGCUCCGACGAUCACCAGUGCACUGUCUUUUGCAAGGCGCCGUGUCGACAAGUGUGCGUUCACGCGCACUGCCGGAACUUCUGCUCCACUCCGUGCGCUCCUUGUCAAGAGCCAUGCACAUGGAACUGCGCCCAUCAGACCUGUCCGCUCCCGUGUGGAUCGAUUUGUGCCCGACUUCCCUGCGACAAGCGCUGCGAGAAGACGCUCGCAUGUGGCCAUCGCUGCCCUUCCGUGUGCGGCGAAGAUUGCUCGAUCCAGAUAUGCACACUGUGCGCCUCAGAGGACAUGCGACAGAACAUCGUCGACGUCGUCAUGCAGCGGACCCUCGCAGAGCUCGACGCCGACAGCAAGAUCAUCGAUGAACUGACCAUCACCCUCCCCGCCUGCCGACACGUCUUCACUGUAGAGACCCUCGAUGGAAUCUGCGAGCUACAAGAAUACUAUCGCCGCGACGAAGCGAGCAGCAGAUGGGUCGGCCUCGAAGCGCCCCCACCCGGAUUUAAGCAGCCACCCGCAUGUCCCACUUGUCGCGCGGCGAUUACCUCUCCCCGCUACGGGCGUGUCUUCAAGCGCGCUGACCUUGACAUUUUGGAGAAUAACGUCGCCUCCCACAUGUCCCAGUCGCUUGGCUCUCUGCGACGGAAGAUUGAUGUAGACUCGAAGGUCGCUGCCCAGCAGAAAAUCCAGAUCGACGUGCCGAAGGUUGCCCGCUCGGCGGCGCUCAAUACUUCGAAGAAGGAGAUCAAGUCACAGCAGGGUGCUCAGGCCCGACUCCUCAGGUCGACUCGCACGACUCCCGUUCGACUCGAGGCAAUCGAUCCCCUGAACCGAGGAUUGCACAGCUUGCCCAUCGACGAGGCGACGGCUUGGAAGAAGGCGCUCAUGGUGUAUUUCACAGCCUAUCGCGACGCAAUAUCAAUCGCGAACACUCGUUCCGCCCAUUCCCACGCCUGGGAGGCCUCCUUCACCUACCUGUUCCAGCGGGAGAUGGACAGCAUCGCAGCGAACCCGUCCCGUGCCCCGCGGAACCCACAGGAGUACGCCAUGCGCGCUGCGCGGCUCAAGGUCGGACAACCACCACCGCGCGCGGACAAGCGCUUCCUGGUCGAGGCGUUCUGGACGGCCCUCACAAUUCGCCUGACACUCGCGGAGCUCGCUGGAGAAUGGCUGGUCGCUGUGAGCGCACGCGCGCGAUACCCCGCGACCAACAAACGCUUAUGGGCGGCCUACAUCUCCUUCCUCCUUCGCUCCUGUGCCGCCGACGCCCAGCUCGCUCUUCAGAUCACUCGCGACUCAGAAAGCCACCGUCAAGAGGCGACCACCGUGCUCCUCAUCAUGCGGAUCGAGCUCGAGCAAUUCCGGUUCAAUCUGAAGAUGACUCGGCAGAACGACAACAUGACCCCCGAGGCGUCGGGCAAGAUGGCGGACAGCGCGCUAAGGAAGUUGCGCGAGGCGUCCGAGCGCGUGAGCGGCAUUUCUUCGCAGGCAGCUCGACGCAGCGGUGGCGCCAGUGCCAAUUGGCUGCAGCCCGAGUUCAUCCAACCUGCGGACGCGAUCCUGGAAGACUGGAAGUCGCUGGAGCGGUCUCUGAGAAUGGACACGUUCUAUCAACCCGUCUCGCUCGACGAGCUGACCCAGGUGGUGAAGGCGUUCACGAGCUCGGAAUUCACUCACACCGGCCACUUCUACAAGUGCCCCAAUGGACACACAUUUGUGAUCGGCGACUGCGGGGGCGCUAGGCAGCAGUCGUUCUGCCCAGAGUGUGGGGAGGCCAUCGGCGGGUCGAACCACAACCUGUUGUCGACAAACACGCGCGACACCGUCAUGGAGGAUAUUGCUCGGGCGCAGGGCUCACAGCCGAGUCCUUGGGCCUGGGGUAGAUGAAUGGACGGACACUCCGUCGCUACUGUCUCCGACUCGAGCAGUUACACAUCGAGCGCUCCACUCGCUAUAUUGCUUCUACGCUACGACAGACUCGAGCAUAUAUUCUUGUUACCAGUUGAAAAACCCGCGCAUUUGAUAGGAAUGAAAGCCCACUCUUUGCGCCAUCCCCAUCCCGUAC